AUGGCAGAAUAUGAAGCGUGCAUCAUGGGUAUUCGCGCGGCUAUAGAGCUUGAAAUCAAAGUGCUAGAGGUAUAUGGAGAUUUUGCAUUGGUAAUAUACCAACUCAAAGGUGAAUGGGAAACGAGAGAUCUCAAAUUAAUCAGUUAUCGAAAGCUGGUUCUCGAAUUGAUUGAAGAGUUUGAUGACAUUACUUUCUGCUAUCUUCUACAGGAUGAAAACCAAAUGGCUGACGCGUUGGCUACUCUAGCCUCCAUGAUUAAAGUAAACAGACAAGAGGACAUGAAACCUAUCUGGAUGAGCAUCUAUGAAACCCCAGCUCAUUGUUGCAAUAUCAAGGAAGGGGAAAAGGAUGACAGCCAUUGGUAUCAAGAUAUAUUACGAUAUGUGAAGAAUCGUGAAUAUCCUGACCAGGCAGCUGAGAAUGAUAAGAGGACUCUAAGAAGACUAGCCAUUGAUUAUCUCUUAGAUUGA